ACAGGCUACUGUUACAGAACAUAUUCCUCCCUUCCCUUAUGUCCUUUAUGAGAAUUUGGAGUCACAUCAUUGCAACAUCCCUGAGUCAAGUUCUUUGUUUUCAUCAGCUGUCUCCCCGGUCAGUUGUGCCUCACUAAGUGCAGACAACCCAGGUUGACAUUUCAUGCUCCACAUGAGGGGAAUAACACGUAUUUGUCAGGGUGUGUCCAGGAAAUGGACCAAGUUGGCAGCUGAUACCCUUGCCAGCCCCGGUGGUGACUCCAAUAUAAAAAGGAUGGGGGUACUCGUCGUACCUUUUAGGGGUUAAAAAAGCGGUCUCGGUACCUGUUAGGGUAUUUAUCUUUCGCGGUACCUUUAGGGUAUUGAGCCGAAAAAAAUAUGACAGGAGAUAUUUAACAACCAACUGAUAUAUCGCUAUGAAAGUGUCAGUUGAUGCGUAGUUUUAGAGUUGGUACCUCUUUUAGGGGUGAAAAAAAAAUUCAAGCCACUCCCAAAAAACAGGAUCUUGGUACUUCUUAGAAGAUCUUUUCAAAAUUUUUGAUGAGCGCCCCCGCCCUUUUAAAUGGAAGUUCUCCCCGCUUUCCGUCAAGCCCUUAUUUCUUUCAGUUUUGCGUAAACCAAAAGUCCGCUUACGUUUGAGUUUUUCCCCUCACGGCUGAUAGUCAUUAUAAUGCGGCGUACAUGACGUAUUUGGCUGUUGAUUUCUCGCCGUUUUUCCUGGAGACGAGUUUGUGUAAUAUUGUCUUCCGGCAGCCAUGUUGGCUUGUGUUCGCACGGAUAGCUUUUGCCUUGUUAUGCCUGCCUUGUUUGAGAGAUCUCCGCUGUGAUAUCAUCCAUGGCUGCUUAUAUUGAGCGUGAUGAACGUUGCCUUUUUAUUGGAAACCUCGACUCUCGUGUAACAGAGGAAAUACUCUGGGAACUGUUCUUGCAGUCUGGUCCUCUUGAAGCUGUUCACAUUCCGAAGGACAAAGAAACAGGCAGACAAAAAAGCUAUGGUUUUAUCCGUUUUUCGCAUGAAGUCUCUGUACCUUAUACCAUUAGUCUAAUGAAUGGUAUCACAUUAUAUGGAAGAGCAAUAACUGUCAAAAAAUCUCAACAGACUACAAAUUCUCCAGGAAAUCAGAGUCCAUCUAGCUUCCCCUCGCCACCUUUGUUUGUUAAUCAGAAUGGACAGCCAAGCCCUUUUCCAAGUCCACAUCAAUCAAAUUAUGGCUGUGGAAUUUCCAACAUUUCACCACUGCAUAGGCCAUUGUUUGAUUAUCAUAGAGAACAAUCAAGUCCAUCAAAUUACAGCCAUGGAGUUUCCAAUACUUCACUCCGGGGCCAGUUAGGAUUUGAGUAUCAGAAUGGGCAGUCAAAUCCAAACUCAAGUCGGCUGCCAUUUCCUCCUGCAAGAAAUGAAAUUGACUAUAACUCCCCAAGUAGUCAUCAUCCCUUUUCUCGGGAUCAAAGGGAUCAGAUGUCACCAUGGCAACAGAAUAGAGGACGAGACUACCAAGGAAGACCCAUACAUCAAUCAGGUCGUUCACUUAGUUCUAAAUUUCUUCCAAGGGGCACAAGAGAUUUCAGAACAGAUUUUAUCUAAAUUAUAAUUUAUACUAUUUCAGUGUUUUGCUGUAAAAACACAUUUUAUUUUAGAAAACACCCAGUAAAAAACCAUGCACUAAAAACCAUACUUUGAUAAUCAGAUAGAAACACAGAACUAGCUUAAGUUGUUGACACAAUGAAAGGAUGGGUAAAGAGAAUGUACACUUUGGUAAUCUAAAUAAACAGUGAUUUUUCUUGUAAAAGAAAUGGAAAACAUUUUCUCCAUGUUUCUAAUGACUUUUAGUAUAAAUCUACUAGUAUUCUAUCACAAAUGACGUUCUCUAAUUGGCACCGCUACUCACUAUUCCGUUUUAGUAUAAAUCUACUAGCGUUCUAUCAUGAAUGCCGUUCUCUGAUUGGCCACGCUACUCACGUUCUAUUCUGUGAUAGAUAGUGAGUAACAUAGAAACAUGCACUGGGGGCCGCUUCUUUGAAUUUCUUCCAAGGGGCACAAGAGAUUCUUUGUGUUUUCAAAGUGUCUGUGAAGAGGAUUUAGAUGAAAGUUUUGAACGAUUAGUAGAUUUACUCAAUAAAAGUACCAUUUUUUGUCACUGACUUGUAUAUUUUACUAGUAGAUUUAUACUAAAACAAUUAGAUUAUUCGCUCUCGAUUU